AUGUCAUCGAAUCCCGCCGAAGUCAGCGAACUGUCACCACAGCAGCAGAACAAGGAAGCCCAGAGCAAUGGCAAUGGCAGCGCCGUAGAGCCCAGCAACGCUUUCUCCAGCGGUCUUCCUACCCGCCCAGCGGUCCCAGCUCCGCUUACAGCAAACGAAAGCCCGGCCGAUGGACAACAGGAUGAUGCGGCGCUGGUAUCUCCACGACACAUGUUGACGGGAAAACAAGAACACUAUCUUAAGCGGGAACUCGUCUCGGAGCAGGUAAGAUGGGAGAUCUCGGAACUCAACUCGCCCACGGCAUUGCGACGCUUUGGAGCCCCCUUCAGGUCCGAUCUCGGGGAGAUCUCGCCGCUGGACUCUGAGCUGCCGAUUCUACGCUACAUCUUCGUACACCAUGUUCGCGAGUUCCCGUUUCUCGAUAAGGCGAAGGAGAAGGAGUUUUGGCAGGAUAAGCUGCAAGUGUUCCUCGAAUCGUUUGCGAGCAAGAAUAUCUCAUCAUCGGAGGAUCGCCUCGAAGAGACGAAGCGUAGGAAGCUUGCACUGAAAGCACAAAAGUUGGUCGAGUUGAUGAUGGUGUCGGGUGUCCGUACGUCCUCCGGAUUCGAAGAGAGGAUACGGUUCUCCGAGCUGGAAAUCGUGGACGCAAACGCAAUCGACACCGGGGUUCUCUCGUCCAUGCCAGAGGGUAACUAUUUGCAUGGGUGGGAUGUCAACAUUGCCGGAGUUCGCAUAACCUCGAUCAAGCGAAAUAUCCGGUACCACAAGCAUGCUGAAUUCUUACUUCGGGUAAAACGAAAAGGAGAAAAGGAAUAUUUCGUCGGGAGGCGGUACGGGGACUUCAGCAAGCUUUAUAAGGAUCUUCGGCUUGAGUUGCCCGGCAAGGUCCUCCCGGUACUUCCCAAGAAGAACAAGACGAGCACGACUGCGACGGGCCUUUUUGGUGGUGGCGACGACUCGGAGGUUUCAUCUAUAUCAUCUGUUUCUACGCAGAUGGUUAACAAAGAUGCUCAACCGAACGGUGAGAGCGGGAGCGCGGGCGGCAUUUCAAGGUUCCUUUCUGUGAGAGAACAUCGCCGUACAGGCUCAUCGUCUUCUAGGCGAUCAUCUCCUCGUCGAUCUGUGGAUAAUCACAGGUCGGACAGCCCAAGGAAGGAAGAGAACGUUACGCUCUUCCGAGAGAGCCAAAGGAUAUCUCUCCGCGCGUUCCUGCGUACCCUGCUACAAAACCCACAGAUUGCUCAUACGAAAGCCAUAUCAGACUUUUUGACCCAUGAUCCUACAACCCUCAAAGAUGAGGAUUUUGAGGACAUUGUGCGGCGGAAGAAGAUGGAUGAGAAGAGGGUAGAAGAGCAGAAGAAGUUCUACGAAAUCGCCAGGAAGCGGGCGGCGGAUCUGGAUGUCUAUAUGGAACAGUUCCGACAAGAUAUCGUUGAACAUAACGGGUUGACCAACCUGUUCAAGGAAAUCAAAGAGAAGGAAACCAUCCAGGAUCUUAGCAUUCAGUACCAGAAGUUUGCCGAGUGGCUACGGAUAGAGGUCGCUGCCACGAUAUACCACCUGUUCCUCGCCGAAGACAACUCGCCCGAAUUGUUUGCCCAGGCGAAAAAGAUCCAUUCUUUGAUCCCAUAUACGAUUAUGAAGAACGUCAUUCGGAUCGCAAACCCCGCCGCCGUCAUGUCCAACGUUCUCGAUAUCUUCCUGGCUCAACCAUUCGGUACCAGGUCCUUGAUGCAACGCAUAUUCUCCUUGACCCUGAACGACGGUAUCAGGAGCGUCCAGAAAUCCAUAGACGCGCUCGCUGCCAAGAUCGGUGACCCCGUGUUCGUGGACAAGCUUAAGCAGUUUACAGAUGGCGACGAGGCCUUGAAACUUGCUAUCAGGGAGGAGGCUGUCCAAGACGACGUCGACAUUAUCGUUGCAAUCCUGCGAUCAGAGCAGAUUUACCCGGCCCUCAACGCCGACCAGGUUACGCGACUAUACAACGCAUAUGUGGCUUUCAACAGUGCAGUUGAGAACGUGGAUGAGGAGCUCAAGCAGGGCGCCCAGCUCUUCUCAUACCUCAAGCAGCUCAUGAAGCUCUAUAUCAGGCAGAGGGACAAGUCUAUGAUGCUCAAUCUCAUCGAGGAGCCUGUCACCCUGCAGUUGUUCAGGGAUUUGUUCACAAUCUUCUAUGAGCCGCUUGUUAGGGUGUACAAGUCGGCGAAUGUCUACAACAGCGUCACCGACUUUGCAGUUUUCGUCGAUGAUCUGAUUCAGGUUGUUGAAAAAUGCCGGGAUCAGGAUGCCUCAGCGGAUCCUAACCAGACCGUGCAGGCGUUUAUCGACUUGUGUCAGCGCCAUGAACAGCACUUUUACAAGUUCGUUCAUGAAGUUCACACACAUGACAACGGCUUGUUCACUCAGUUGAUGGGCUGGAUUGAGGGCAUCCUGGAGUUCCUCCGCCACGGACCUAAGAACGGCACGUUGGAUAUCAACGCAUUGUUCGAGGGAGCGGUGGAAAGCGGCGCAAUCGACCAGGACAAGGCGAUAGACGAGAUCAACAAGCUGAUCGCGUGGCAGGAAGCUCGCAAGAAGUGGCAUCAAGACAAGACUCGGCAGAAGAUGGCGGCGGAAGGAGGUAGCAUGGGCGGCGACGUGGUGCCCGGCGGGUUCAGCGCCAGCGACUUUGGCCUGGACCAGAUGGACUUGCAGGACAUGCAGUACGAAGACGACCUGUCGGACUCCGAGGCGGAACAGGAGGUCCAGGAGGAGAUGGAUCCCAUCGAUGCCGAGCGGAGAAGAAGGGCCAAGAAACAGGACCGUCUACGGCGGAACGCCGGAGAGCCCACGAAGCCGGAGGUUUCGGAGGUCCACAAGCUCAAGGACGAGUUUUUGGCCAAGCUGAGACAGGUACUUGCUCAGUAG